CCUCCAUGGUGGCCAACAUCUAUGGCAACCAAGACCUCCAUGGUGGCCAAAUCACCCAUGGCAACCAAGACCUCCAUGGUGGCCAAAUCACCCAUGGCAACCAAGACCUCCAUGGUGGCCAACAUCUAUGGCAACCAAGACCUCCAUGGUGGCCAAAUCAUCCAUGGCAACCAAGACCUCCAUGGUGGCCAAAUCAUCCAUGGCAACCAAGACCUCCAUGGUGGCCAAAUCACCCAUGGCAACCAAGACCUCCAUGGUGGCCAAAUCAACCAUGGCAACCAAGACCUCCAUGGUGGCCAAAUCACCCAUGGCAACCAAGACCUCCAUGGUGGCCAAAUCAUCCAUGGCAACCAAGACCUCCAUGGUGGCCAAAUCAUCCAUGGCAACCAAGACCUCCAUGGUGGCCAAAUCAUCCAUGGCAACCAAGACCUCCAUGGUGGCCAAAUCACCCAUGGCAACCAAGACCUCCAUGGUGGCCAAAUCAUCCAUGGCAACCAAGACCUCCAUGGUGGCCAAAUCAUCCAUGGCAACCAAGACCUCCAUGGUGGCCAAAUCAUCCAUGGCAACCAAGACCUCCAUGGUGGCCAAAUCACCCAUGGCAACCAAGACCUCCAUGGUGGCCAAAUCACCCAUGGCAACCAAGACCUCCAUGGUGGCCAAAUCAUCCAUGGCAACCAAGACCUCCAUGGUGGCCAAAUCAUCCAUGGCAACCAAGACCUCCAUGGUGGCCAAAUUAUCCAUGACAGCCAAGACCUCCAUGAUGGCGAAAUCACCCAUGGCAACGAAGACCUCCAUGGUGGCCAAAUCGUCCAUGGCAACCAAGACCUCCAUGGUGGCCAAAUCAACCAUGGCAACUAAGACCUCCAUGGUGGCCGUCACCUAUGGCAACCAAGACCUCCAUACUGUGCCUCCUUUGCUGCAGGUGAGGACAGCCCAGAAGGAUCUGCCCCCGGAGCGCCAGGCCUCGCAGCAGAUGGUGGCUGAGGCGUAUCAAAGCCAGGGGAACUCUGGCAACUACCUGCACCUGGCGGUGGGCGCCAGCCAGGUGCAGCCUGGGGACAACCUCCCCAUCAACUUCCAUCUCAAGAGCAACAGAGAGGACGUCCGCAGAUCCGUUUCCUACUUCACCUACCUGAUCCUGAGCAAGGGGCACAUCGUCCACGUGGGACGGCAGCCAAGGGAAGGUGACCAGAGCCUGGUCACUAUGUCACUUCCCGUGACGGCCAACCUCAUCCCUUCCUUCCGUAUCGUGGCCUACUACCAUGUGAAACCCGGCGAGAUCGUGGCUGAUUCUGUCUGGGUCGACGUCAAGGACACCUGCAUGGGCAGUCUGGUGGUGAAGGGAGCAUCGGAGGCCGACAAUCGUGUGCACGAGCCGAGGACCCCCAUGCGGCUGCGCAUCGAGGGUGACCACAAAGCCCACGUGGGGCUGGUGGCCGUGGACAAGGCUGUCUACGUCCUCAACAAGAACAAACUCACCCAGAGUAAGGUGUGGGACACAGUGGAGAGCAGUGACAUCGGCUGCACCCCGGGCAGUGGGAGGAACCACGUGGGGGUCUUCGCCGACGCAGGCCUCAGCCUGGCUACGAAUGUGAACAUCGAAACGGAGCAGAGAGGUGAGGUCCAAUGCGCGAAACCUGCAAAACGCAAGCGCCGCUCCGUGAAGCUCAUCAAGCACAAGGGCACCAAGAUGGCCGAGUACAGCGACAGGAACCUGCGCAAGUGCUGCGAGGACGGCAUGAAGGAAAACCUGAUGGGCUACAGCUGUGAGAAACGGGCCACCUACAUCCUCGAUGGCACGGCCUGCACCGAAGCCUUCCUCAACUGCUGCCUGUACAUCAAGGGCAUCCGCGACGAGGAGCGCGAUCUGCAUUACGAGCUGGCUCGAAGUGAGGUGGAUGACGCCUUCCUGGCCGACGAAGACAUCACCUCGCGGAGCCUCUUCCCAGAGAGCUGGCUGUGGCAGGUGGAGGAGCUGACAGAACCGCCCAAUGAACUGGGCAUCUCCACGAAGACGCUGCCCAUAUACCUGAAAGACUCCAUCACCACCUGGGAGGUCCUGGCUGUCAGCCUCUCUGAGAAGAAGGGGUUGUGCGUGGCCGACCCCUACGAGAUCACGGUGAUGAAGGAGUUCUUCAUCGACCUGCGCCUGCCCUACUCGGCGGUGAGGAACGAGCAGGUGGAGGUCCGUGCCAUCCUCUACAACUACUGGAAGAGCAAGAUCAAGGUGCGCGUGGAGCUGAUGUACAACCCGGCCCUGUGCAGCGCGUCCACCUCCAAGACGCGCUACCAGCAGAUCUUGCAACUGGAGCCCCAGACGUCGCACGCUGUGCCCUUCGUCAUCGUGCCCUUGCAGCUGGGGCAGCACGACGUGGAGGUGAAGGCGGCCGUCUGGGAGAGCUUUGUGUCUGAUGGCGUCAAGAAGAAGCUCAGAGUGGUGCCCGAAGGGAUGAGGCUGGAGAAGACGGUGAAGAUAGUUGAGCUUGACCCAAAGACGUUGGGAAACAACGGCGUGCAGGAAGUGAAGGUGAAAGCAGCAAACCUCUCUGACAUCGUCCCCAACACCGAGUCGGAGACCAAAGUCAGCAUUCAAGGCAACCCCGUAUCCAUCCUGGUGGAGAAAGCCAUCGAUGGGACCAAGCUGAAACACCUCAUUGUGACCCCGUCGGGCUGCGGGGAGCAGAACAUGAUUGGGAUGACACCCACCGUCAUCGCUGUCCACUACCUGGACAGCACGAUGCAAUGGGAGACCUUCGGUAUCCACCGCCGUGCGGAGGCCAUCGAAUUGAUUAAAAAGGGUUACACCCAACAGCUCGCCUUCCGCAAAGACGACGGCUCGUUUGCUGCCUUCACUAACCGCCCAUCCAGCACCUGGUUGACGGCCUACGUGGCCAAGGUCUUCGCCAUGGCCAUCAACAUGGUGGACAUCAAGCCAGAGGUGGUCUGCGGAGCCAUCAAAUGGCUCAUCCUGGAGAAGCAGAAACCAGACGGGCUUUUCCAAGAAGACGCCCCCGUCAUCCAUAAGGAGAUGGUGGGAGGUUACCACGGCGCCGAGCCCAGCGUGUCCCUGACCGCCUUCGUCCUCUCCGCGCUGCAGGAAUCCCAGAAGAUCUGCAAGAACUACGUGAAAAGCUUGGAUGGGAGCAUCUCCAAAGCCUCCGAUUACCUGACCCGGAAAUACCAAUCCCUGGCUCGACCCUACACGGUGGCCUUGACUUCUUACGCCCUGGCCCUAACGGGGAAACUCAACAGCGAGAAAGUUCUGAUGAAGUUCUCCAAAGACGGCACCCACUGGGCGGAACGCAACGCCCACACCUACAACAUCGAGGGGACAUCCUACGCUCUGCUGGCGCUGCUGCAGAUGGAGAAGAGCGAGCUGACGGGGCCGGUGGCCCGCUGGUUGGCCCAGCAGAACUACUUUGGUGGUGGCUACGGAUCCACCCAGGCCACCAUCCUGGUGUUCCAGGCUCUGGCUCAGUACCACGUCGCGCAGCCGAGGCAGUCGGAGCUCAACCUGGACGUGUCGGUGCUGCUGCCGCGCCGCGCCAACGCCAUCACCUACCGCAUCGAGAGCAGCAACGCGCUGGUGGCGCGCUCCGCAGAGACCAAGCUGAACGAGGACUUCACUGUGAAAGCAGAGGGCACGGGGAAGGGGACAAUGACAGUGGUGACCGUCUACAACGCCAAGGUGCCCGAGACUGAAAACAAGUGUGACAACUUUGACCUGCGGGUCAGCGUGGAGGACGUGAAGACGGCCCGGCAGCUGGAAGGUGCCAUCCGUUCUGUCAAGAUCACCAUCUGCACCAGGUUCCUGGACACCGUGGAUGCCACCAUGUCCAUCCUCGACAUCUCCAUGCUCACCGGCUUCUCCCCUGACGUCCAGGACCUGAAGAGUCUCUCAGAGGGAGUGGAGAGGUACAUUUCCAAAUUUGAGAUCGACCACUCGCUGUCCAACCGCAGCAACCUCAUCAUCUACCUGGAUAAGAUCUCCCACCAAGUGGAGGAGUGCAUCGCCUUCAGGGCCCACCAGCACUUCCAGGUGGGACUGAUCCAGCCUGCCUCCGUCAGUGUCUACAGCUACUACAAGAUCGAUGACCGCUGCACUCGCUUCUACCACCCGGACAAGGAUGGUGGGCAGCUGAGGAAGAUCUGCCAUGGGGAUGUGUGCCGCUGUGCUGAAGAAAACUGCUUCAUACGACAGAAGAAGGACAAUCCCACCACAGUCAACGAGCGCAUCGAUCUUGCCUGCAAGCCAGGGGUGGAUUAUGUGUACAAAGUGAAGGUGGUGGCGACAGAGGAGACGUCGUCCCACGACAACUACGUCAUGAACAUCCUCUCCGUCAUCAAGAUGGGCACCGACGAGGACCCACUUGGGAGCAACAGGACCUUCGUGAGCCACAAGCAGUGCAGGGACGCGCUGAGCCUCCAGAAGGGACAGGAAUACCUGGUGUGGGGGCUGGCGUCCGACCUGUGGGUCACUGGCAGCCGCUUCUCCUACCUCAUCGGCAAGGACACGUGGCUGGAAGCCUGGCCCUUGGAGGAGUCGUGCCAGGACCCGGACCUGCAGUCGCUCUGCCAGGACUUCAUCGAGUUCUCCGAGGCCAUGACCAUGUUUGGGUGCCCCACCUGAUGGGGUGUCACCUUCCCCCCCAUGGGGUGUCCCCUCCCCUCCCCCCGCCCCCCCCCCGAUGUCACAGACCCUUUUUUCUUUCUUUUUUUUUUGAAUUUUGUGGAGUGGGGGCGAUUUAAAAACGUGUCCUUUCUGAAA